UGAUGCCAGGCGUUUCAAGCGCUGCAGCUUCAAGCAGUCUGCCUGGUAUUCCUUGGCACCGUAAUAGCUCUGAAUUAUUCCUAUCGUCUACAAUGGCUUCUAUAAUACCAGAAAUACGGAUAUAUUCUCCUUCUGACAAAGGCGAUGACACUUCGGAUUCCGACCGUAGCAGAAUAACUGGGGACGCAAGUGAUCGCAAGAGUGCUAUGUUGUUCCGUGGUUCUCGUGAAGUGUUUUCAAGCGACAGUUCAAACAUGGUGCCCUGGCUAAAUACAUUUAACAUGCGGCCGUAUAAUCUGUCAUGCUUGCCCUCUACCAUGACCUAUCGUCCAUCCUGUCGGUCGCAGUCUGUGGCCAUUAGUCGUGCAAAGCUUGGAUGCAUCACAAGUUCUGCAAAAUCGCUUGACGUGCUACGGCAGAAUUUGCAGAGGAGCAUUAACCGUGAAAUAGACGAAAUAUUACAGCGGUAUUUGGAAAAGUUCUUCAAGCCUGGUCUGGAGAAUGUGCGCAUCAACAACGGCGAGCACUCAAUAUCGGAGCAGCACAUACAAGCCGUGUGCCGACAGAUCUUAGAAGAAGCCAAAAAAAUGUACCACGGCAGUUACACUAGAGGUAACAGCCCCACUUCCGACUACAACAUUGACUCGGGCCGAAAUAGUCCAUCAGACCUAAAAUUAGGUCGGUUCUUGGGCAAGCAUGCGGCGACGGGCCGCAAGCGACGCGAUAACUCGGACUCUGACUCCGAAGCGAGUUUGCAACUGGUGAAAAAGAAGAAAGGGCGGCCACCGCUGCACCAGGGCGGAGUACUGUCGGGUCGGUCGACGCCGUGCAAGCUGAAGGCGGAUGCGGUGAAGCGAGAAGGGCCCAAGUGGGAUCCGGCGCGACUGCAGCCGAGCUCGCAGUUUAUCAUGGGUGCCAAGGCGAACAAAGCGCUGGGUUUGGGCGCCACGCGCGGUCGUCUCUACAUCAAGCACCCGGAGGUGUUCAAGUACUCCGGCGACCAGGAGGACAAGCAGUGGCUGUACGAGCACAACCAGAUGCCGGCCACGGGCGGCAAGGCCUACAUGCUGCUCGUCGAGGACAUCCGCGAGUUGGCCGAGACGGACGAAUACCGCGGUAGCCCGGGACUCAUGCUGGACGAAAUCGUGGGCUUCUCUGUGCCCGAGAGCAUGCUGGCCAAGAUGCAGGCCGCCAUGCUCGCCAUGCGGACCGACCUGCCGGCCGGGUCGCGCCGCCGCGGGGCACGGCCCAGCGGUGAUCCACGGCACGACGACGGCUCGGCUUCGCCCGCCGAAGAGCCACUGGGCGCGUCACCGUUCGGUCAGGGCUUCGAAGACGUCUCGCCGGCUGCCUCGGAUGUGAGCGCCACGUUGGAGCCGCCCCUGACUGCGCCCUUCGAGCUGGUCCUGAGCCCCUGAGUGUCGCGCACAACUGUUGCUUUGAUUGCUUCUACAGCGAAUGUAUGCUGGGCUGCAUUCCAGUAGUGUCUAUGGUGAUCCACUAAAUUUCUCGUUGUAAAACGCUAGCUUAUGGGCCUGUAGUGCACGUGGAAGCAUGUGUGACUGUAGUGUGUGGCCUGGUAGCAGAUGUGGAGCCUUUGCACACAUCAUGAGUUAAGCAGAAUUGUUGAGUAAUAGCAACACUUAACUAUGACUGGAUUGGCUUGUGAGUGUAGUUAACAACUUUCAUGUGUAAGCAUAAAAGUGCGCUCCCACCAUUUCAUUAUUUUAUGUAAUACUUCAGUGGGAUGAAGUUUAGACGCAUUUUAAGCUGUGGAGCACCAGUGAAAUCCUGAUACCACUGAUGAUUAGAAAAGCUAUCAGUGUUUUCAUAGUCAUAUUUUUGUAAAGCAGAAGUGUGAAUAAGUGGUAUGUUAUUCAGAUGUUGACUGUGAACAUCAGUACAGUUGUUAAGCCAGCUCAUACAUGCUCACUGUGAAAGCAGGAAACACAAACUUC